AGGCUGACCGGGUUACCAGUUAACAGGAUUGAGAGCCCCGAACGGGCGCUGUGCUGCGCUGUGUGCCAUCAACUACAUAGUCACUGAACACCGUUGAUAACCCACACUCUCAUAUACUCUCUCCUUGACUUGAUUGUAAAAUGUCCCAACUUGCGUUCCAGCCGGCCUACGAUGCCGAGAAGGCGCUGCAGCCAGCAAAGGUCUGCGUCACUGGAGUGACCGGCUUUGUAGCAGGCUCGGUGGUCUCGCGGCUGCUGGAGCUAGGCCACACCGUGCACGGCACCUGCCGCGACCCCUCGCGUACCGACACGGUCGCCCACCUCUUAUCCCUACCCGGCGCGGCGGAGCGCCUGAAGCUGUUCAAAGCCGACCUGCUGUCGGAGGGCAGCUUUGAUGAGCCUGUUAAGGGCUGUGAUUACGUCAUCCACACCGCCUCGCCCUACAUCAUCAAUGUGGCCCCUUCGGAAGUGCGAUCAAAGCUGCUUGAGCCGGCGGUGAAGGGCACCGAGCACGUGCUGAGCGCCGCCAGCAAGUCUCCCUCCGUCAAGCGGGUGGUGCUGACGUCAUCGUGCGCCGCCAUCUACGGUAACCCGCACGAGUUCGGCAAGGACCAUGUGUACACCGAGGCUGACUGGAACGCGACCUCCACCGACAAGGUGCUGACCUACUCAUACAGCAAGAAGCUGGCUGAGGAGCGGGCGUGGGAGAUGGCCAAGGCGCAGAGCCAGUGGAAGCUGGUGGUGAUCAACCCCGCUGUCAUCCUGGGGCCGCCGCUCAGCAAGCGCACAGACAGCGAGUCGGUGUCCAUCAUCAACCAGAUCCUGAAGGGCCAGAUGUACCCGGCCGCCCCGCACAUGGGCUUUGGCACCGUGGACGUGCGCGACGUGGCCGCGGCACACACCCUGGCCAUGAGCCACCCCAAGGCCGAGGGCAGGUACAUCACUGUGGCCAAGUCGCUGUGGGUGGCGGACUUUGCCCGCGCCGUGAAGGCCGGCUUCCCCGACUCCCGUAUGCGCCCGCCCAUCGCCACCAUCCCCAAGUGGCUGCUGUGGCUGAUUGGGCCCAUGGCAGGCAUGAGCCGCGACAUCGUCACCCAUUCCGUGAACAUGUGCCCCCAGUUCAACAACAGCAAGAUCCAGUCGGAGCUUGGAUUUAAGUUCCACUCGCCCGAGGCGGCCAUCAAGGACCAGGUGGAUGCCAUGCUGGCGCUGGGCAUCGCAAAGCCGUUCUGAGGUGGUGGAGACACGAGCAGCACAGCUGCGGGGGAGGGUGGCAGGAUGUGCUAACCAAGGCGAACGGGGCUUUGCCAGGGGCAAGAAGCUGCAGACAAUGACAUAGUGUGGAAAGUAGCGACUGAAGAGCUUUGCGCCCUGCGGCAGCCUCAUUGUCAGCACGCACAUGAAGUGAAUUAGGGCUGAAUGCGAUGUGUUUGUGCCAUGCUGGCAAAGGUUGCAAAAGGUACAGGCGGAUAUGAAGAACGCACGCUGUGGGAAUGGGAAUGGAAUCAUCAUUAACCCUGCCAUACAAAGCACUGACCCUACCCUGCAUAAUCAGGACGAUGCACAUGUCAUUGCUGGCUACGUGAAGGCAGGACACGGGAAAUUCCUGCAAUAGUUUGCGGAGGUUCGUACAGGCGGCUGGAUGUCAGCUCAGACGCUUUGUGCGUGUGCACGUUCACGCGUGUUGUGUUGUUGUUCGAAUGGUGACAUGCACAUGUUUGCAUCGUGAAUAUCAUGGAAGGCUGGCAGAUGUGUUUGACGCGGCACGCGCGUGGGCAUGUCUGGAGCUGAUUGCUUCAUGUGACAGCUGACUACGGCUGCGUACGAAAGUUGGGUACGACGGAGACAGGCACCGCUGUUUAGCUCGGUCCUCGACAAGCGGACCAGUGUAACAUGCAGCACAU